AGAUUCAACUUCAUCAUGAAAGUUCUAGUAGCAGGAUUUCAUUAUUUCCUGUUCUUCUAUGUGUCAGAGUAUCCCAUGGUUGGCAUUAUGACCCUCCAGGACUGAUUGUGCCAAGCAUGCGGUGAUGUACUGACAGGAAGGAGGCAACACACACUGGUAAAGGAUGAAAGAUUCCUUUGAUGGCAAAAGAGAUGAGAACUUCCGACAGAAGUUAAACAAAACAGAAGACAACACAACAGUCGCAUGAACAGCUCCUCAAGUUCCCACCGAGAUGGAAAGCUGUUGCUGAAACUACAUACAAAGAGGAAGGAUUCCUUUGGGUGUUAAAAGCAUCCCUGUGCUAUCUAUCCUUGCACUAUAGUGCAGAUAUGUCAAGAUUUAAUGAGUUGAACCAGGUGGACCAGUAAGAAGAAAACAUAACUUAUAGACCAUCUUCUGGCAGAAGAUGAUAGAUUUGGAUCAGAAACGGGAGGCACUGGAAGCCAGGAAUCAAAAGUGAAGAAAUUCUGCAAACCUUUGGAUGAGAAAGGUUCCUAUCACUGUAACCAUGCCAGAAAUGACAGAGAAUGAGACUCCUCCAAAAAAGCAGCACAGAAAGAAAAACCGGGAGACCCACAAUGCAGUGGAGAGGCAUAGGAAGAAAAAAAUCAAUGCUGGGAUUAACAGAAUAGGAGAGCUGAUCCCAUGUUCCCCUGCACUGAAGCAGAGCAAGAAUAUGAUCUUGGACCAAGCCUUUAAGUAUAUAACAGAGUUGAAAAGACAAAAUGAUGAACUCCUGCUUAAUGGAGGAAACAAUGAACAAGCUGAAGAAAUUAAAAAGCUACGUAAACAACUGGAAGAAAUUCAAAAAGAAAAUGGCCGAUAUAUUGAAUUACUGAAAGCAAAUGACAUAUGCUUAUAUGAUGACCCCACAAUCCACUGGAAAGGAAAUCUCAAAACCUCAAAGGUCUCUGUUGUUAUUCCCGGCGACCAGGUUCAGAAAAAUAUUAUUGUUUAUUCCAAUGGGAGUCAGCCUGGCGGAAACAGCCAGGGCACAGCUGUUCAGGGGAUAACCUUUAAUGUCGGUCAUAAUUUACAAAAGCAAACUGCCAAUGUGGUGCCAGUACAGAGGACUUGCAAUCUUGUGACUCCUGUGUCUAUUUCUGGAGUUUACCCUGCUGAAAACAAGCCGUGGCAUCAGACCACAGUUUCUGCAUUGGCUGCCAACCAGCCUGUUCCUCUUUGUCUUCCUGCUACCAUUUCUGCUCAAAAUAUUCUCGAGCUUUCCACCUCCGAAAGCGAAUCAAGUGUGCUUGGUGCCACCAGUGGCUCACUGAUUGCUGUCCCCAUUGGGCCUGAACCUCACCAACAUCGUUCCUUGCACACAAGUCUAAAUGAUCAAAAUUCUUCUGAAAAGAAGAAUGGGCAAGAGAGCCCGAAAUUAUUGAAGAAAACGGUCCCUUGUGCCACAAGCAUCCCUUCCAGCUCCUCAUCACCUGCCACUAAAGUGACUUAUGGAGGCAAGUCCUGCCUGAGCACACAGGACUUCAGAAGUGAUUCUCAAACCACCGUUGUUGUUUCAGUUCCCACCACCGUCUGCUCCCAGCCUCCCAGAUCUGCAGGUGACUCUUGUCCAGUGAGCAUUAGCAAGGGUGCAGACUUGACAAGCAUUACCGCAGUGGUGGCCCCGUCUGCCCCUGGAGGAGGGAAGACUACCACUCCUGUAAGCAGUCUUUCUGCAAACCCUUUGGAUAAUGGUUGGACUCUUUCUUGUUCUUUGCCUUCUUCAGCUGUUAGUGCUUCAGAUUUGAAAAACAUUAAUAGCCUUACCCGAAUUUCCUCAGCUGGAAACACGCAGACAACGUGGACUACUUUGCAAAUGGCGGGAAACACUAUUCAGCCCUUAAGCCAGACACCAUCUUCUGCUGUGACUCCAGUAGUAAAUGAGUCUGGUACUAGCCCCACCACAACCCACCACAGUAGACACGUGGCUACAGGCAUCAACUUGAAUAAUUCCUUUCCAGCAGAUGGGCAGCCAGUUGAGCAAGUAGUUGUAACCUUGCCGUCUUGUCCAUCUUUACCUAUGCAGCCACUAAUUGCCCAUCCACAAGGUAAAUCUCAGCCUCCAAAAAAUAUCCUUCCAUUGAAUUCAGCAAUGCAAGUGAUUCAGAUGGCUCAGCCAGUCGGGUCAACUGUGAAUGCAGCUCCAGCUAAUCAAAAUGUCAUCAUUCUUCAGCCACCCAGCACCACCCCAUGCCCAACAGUGAUGAGGGCAGAGGUUCCCAACCAAACCGUAGGUCAACAGAUAGUAAUCAUACAGGCAGCUAAUCAGAAUCCUUUGCCACUCCUCUCAGCCCCGCCUCCUGGUUCUGUUCGACUCCCUGUCAAUGGAGCCAAUGCUAUAAUAGGGUCGAAUUCAGUGCAAAACGUUUCGACCCCACAAACUUUUGGAGGAAAGCAUCUUGUCCACAUAUUACCAAGACCUUCAUCUUUAUCAACAUCUAAUUCAACACAAACUUUUUCUGUUACCAUGUCAAACCAGCAACAGCCUCAAACCAUUUCUUUAAAUGGACAGCUCUUUGCUUUGCAGCCUGUGAUGUCUUCAUCAGGAACUACAAACCAAACCCCUAUGCAAAUUAUUCAACCCACCACCAGCGAAGAUCCAAAUACCAAUGUUGCCCUGAAUACAUUUGGCGCUUUGGCCAGCCUCAAUCAAAGCAUAUCACAGAUGGCUGGGCAAAGCUGUGUACAACUGUCUCUUAGCCAGCCUGCCAAUCCCCAAACUGCUGCAAAUAGUCAAACCACCCCAGCUAACUGUGUUUCAUUAACAGCAAGUGUAGCAUCACCCAUGACAACAGAGAAUUCAGCCACAUUACCCAGUAUUUAUAAUCUUGUGACUGCCCCCUCAGUAAACACUGUAGCUUGUUUGCCUAACGUGAAGUCAAAAAGGUUGACUAAGAAGCCAGGGGUCAAGAAACACUUAGCCUCUAGCAAGUCGGCCUGCUCCCUGAACCCAGUCCGAGAUGUGGGCAAGGCAGACGGCCCCAGCACUGGAGGCUCAGCAGAGCCACCCUGUGAUGAUGGGCUGCUGGAAAACCCUCCUGUUGUGUUACCAUCUGUCACUAUGUCCCAGGCAAAGAGUGCUGUAAGUGUUUCUGGUUCCGGUUCCCAUUCUCUGGAUGUUCUGCAUUCUGAGUCGGUGAUACCUGAGUCUGUAUCCAAAUCUAAGGCACCAGGAGAGUCUAACUCACUCUCACAAGAAUCAGUAACAAAUGAACAUUUUGCAGUGGCCCCUACAAAAUCCAAAGAUUCUACCACCAUUUUGCAACGAGAGACAUCUCAGGAUAAGACACCAACUAGUUUGGCAUUGUCAGAUGCUGCCAAAUCCUGUACUUCAGCCAAUGUGUUGAUUCCAUCUCCAAAUGAUCCCCACAUUUUGGUUUCUCAGGUUUCUGGUUUAUCAUCUACCACGAGCACUACAAGUACUGACUGUGUUUCUGAGGUAGAAAUCAUUGCUGAACCUUGCAGGGUUGAGCAAGAUUCAUCAGACACAAUGCAAACCACAGGUCUCUUCAAGGGCCAGGGUCUAACGGCAUUGCUGUCUGGUCUUGCUAAAGAAAAAGACCCUCAGAAAUCUCUGUCAGUCCAGGUGGACCAUCCUGACUUUUCUCCAGAAAAUUCUAAAGUGGUUGAUUCAAGUGUUGAUUUACAUCCCAGACAGGAGCUGUUGCUGAUGAACAGUGAUGAUAGAGACUCAGGACAGCCUCCUUCCUGUACCCCGGAUCAGGAGGUCAUUCAUGGUUCUUUGCUUACCAGUAGGCAGUCUGACUCUCCCAUGUCAACCAGCUCUGGCAGUAGUCGUAGUUUCUCAGUUGCAUCCAUGCUUCCUGAAACAGCUAGAGAGGAUGUCACCAGCCAUGCAACAGUUAAUACCUGUGACAACUGUACCUUCACAGAGCAAACUGACAUAGUCGCUCUUGCAGCAAGAGCUAUUUUUGACCAGGAGAACCUUGACAAGGGAAGAGCUGGCACUCAGGCUGAUGUAAGGGAAGUGACUUCGAAGCCCUCUGAAGCAUCAUCUUUAGAAGGAGACCAGUCUUUCCAAACACAGAUCUCUAAAGACAGUGGCCCAGGACAGGCAGAAGCAACACCAAAUGAAUUUAAUUCUCAGGAUUCAGUUGAAGCAACUGUGAAUAGGCCCCUUGAAAAACCAAGUUGUUCUGUAGGAAUUAAAACAUCAAAUGCCUCUUUACAGGUUUCGUCUUCUCAGCCACCGAGCAUCACCAGUUUAAGUGUGAAUAACCUGAUCCAUCAAAGCAGCGUCAGCCAUCCUCUCGUCAGCUGUGCUGGUUUACCCCAAACUACAGAGCAAACAACUGUUCCUGCUACGGUUAAUCUGACUGUUUCAUCUAGUUCCUAUGGCAAUCAGCCUCCUAGACCAUCUCUGAUGACUGAGUAUUCCCAAGAACAACUAAACACUCUGAGUGGUACCAUACCGAAUCCACAGAUUCAAGAGCCACUCUUAAAGCCAAGUCAUGAAAGCCGUAAAGACUCUGCUAAGCGUUCUGUCCAAGAUGACCUUCUGCUGUCUUCAGCUAAGCGUCAAAAGCUGUGUCAGCCAGCCCCCCUUAGGCUUGAAGGUAUGUCCCUGAUGAGCCAAACUCCAGACAGUAUUUCUGAUCAAUCGCAAAUGAUGGUAAGUCAGAUGCCUCCCAACUCUUCAAACUCUGUUGUGCCUAUUAGCACCCCAGCCCACGGAGAUGGCCUCACACGAUUAUUUCCACCUGGUAACAACUUUGUGGCCCCUGCAUUGAGGCAAACUGAAGUGCAGUGCAGUUCUCAGCCUUCAGUUGCUGAGCAGCAGCAAACCCAGGCCAGUCAGCAUCUACAGGCCCUGCAACAGCAUGUGCCAGCUCAGGGGGUGUCUCACCUGCAUAGCAACCAUCUCUACUUAAAGCAGCAGCAGCAGCAGCAGCAGCAACAAGCAGGGCAGUUACGAGAGAGGCAUCACUUAUAUCAGCUGCAGCAUCACAUAUCUCAUGCAGAGACCUCUGUCCAUUCUCAGCCCCAUAAUGUCCACCAACAGAGAACUCUGCAACAGGAAGUUCAGAUGCAGAAAAAGAGGAAUCUUGUGCAGGCCACUCAGGCCUCGCAGCUUUCCUUACAAUCGAAGCACCAUGGAACUGACCAGUCCCGCCCCAAGAGUGGUCAGCCCCAUCCCCACCAUCAGCAGAUGCAGCCACAGAUGCAGCAACACUUUGGAAGCUCCCAGCCAGAGAAGAGCUGUGACAACCCUUCAACUAGCCGGAACCACCAUAACCAUCCCCAGAACCAUCUCAGUCAAGACAUUAUGCACCAGCAGCAGGACAUUGGGAACAGGCAGCAAGGUUCAGGCGUAUCUUCUGAACAUGUAUCUGGGCAUAAUCCAAUGCAGAGGCUCUUGACAUCCAGAGGCAUAGAGCAGCAAAUGGUGUCCCAGCCAAGUAUUGUGACUAGACCUUCAGACAUGACCUGUACUCCGCACAGGCCAGAGAGAAAUAGAGUUUCAAGUUAUUCGGCUGAGGCACUCAUUGGAAAGACAUCUUCUAAUUCAGAGCAGAGAAUGGGUAUAUUGAUUCAGGGUUCUAGAGUUUCAGAUCAGCUUGAAAUGAGAAGUUAUAUUGAUGUUCCCAGAAAUAAGAGUUUGGCCAUUCAUAAUAUGCAGGGUCGUGUGGACCAUACUGUUGCCUCAGAGAUCCGCCUUUCCGACUGUCAGACAUUUAAACCAAGUGGAGCCAGUCAGCAGCCCCCGAGUAAUUUUGAAGUACAGUCUUCAAGAAAUAAUGAAAUAGGUAAUCCUGUCUCUUCACUGAGGAGUAUGCAGUCCCAGGCUUUUCGAAUUAGUCAAAACCCUGGUCCACCACCAAUCGACCGCCAAAAGAGAUUACCUUAUCCACCAGUUCAGAGCAUCCCAACAGGAAAUGCAGUCCCACCAAGGGACAGUGAAAACACAUGUCAUCAAAGUUUCAUGCAGAGUCUGCUUGCCCCUCACCUUGGUGAUCAGGUCAUUGGGAGCCAGAGAUCACUUUCAGAACAUCAAAGGAAUACACAGUGUGGUCCAUCCCCUGCAAUUGAAUAUAAUUGUCCCCCAACUCACGAAGGUGUCCAUAUUAGAAGAGAGACUGAGAAUCAGAAUAGGGAAAGUUGUGACAUGUCCCUAGGUGCAAUUAACACCAGGAACAGUACCUUGAAUAUCCCUUUCUCGAGUUCUUCUUCCUCAGGAGAUAUUCAAGGUCGGAACACAAGCCCCAAUGUUUCUGUACAGAAGUCCAAUCCCAUGCGGAUCACUGACAGUCAUGGGGCCAAGGGCCACAUGAACCCUCCUGUCACAACGAACAUGCACGGGGUUGCGAGGCCAGCCUUGCCACAUCCGCCCGUGUCUCAUGGAAAUGCUGAUCAGGGGCCUCCUGUACGUCAGACUAAUUCUUCAGUUCCCCAGCGAUCAAGACAUCCUUUGCAAGACAGCAGUGGUUCCAAAAUCCGUCAGCCUGAAAGGAAUCGUUCUGGAAACCAGAGGCACACUAAUGUCUUUGAUCCAAGUCUUCCCCACCUCCCUCUGUCUACCAGUGGCAGUAUGAUCCUUGGACGCCAACAGCCCACUACAGAAAAGAGAGGAAGCAUCGUUCGCUUCAUGCCUGACAGCCCACAAGUACCUAAUGAGAAUUCGGCACCUGACCAGCACACACUGUCACAAAAUUUUGGUUUUCCUUUUAUCCCCGAGGGUGGCAUGAAUCCACCAAUAAAUGCUAAUACUUCUUUCAUUCCACAGGUCACUCAGCCUAGCGCCACUCGAACUCCAGCCCUCAUUCCUGUAGAUCCCCAAAAUACUCUACCUUCCUUCUAUCCCCCAUACUCUCCUGCUCAUCCUACACUGUCCAAUGAUAUUUCGAUCCCCUAUUUUUCAAAUCAAAUGUUCUCAAAUCCUAGCACAGAGAAGGUAAACAGUGGAAGUUUAAAUAACCGAUUUGGAUCAAUUCUAUCUCCUCCAAGACCUGUUGGUUUUGCUCAACCAAGUUUUCCUCUUCUCCCUGAUAUGCCACCAAUGCACAUGACCAACUCUCACUUAUCCAACUUUAAUAUGACAUCUUUGUUUCCAGAAAUAGCUACAGCUCUUCCUGAUGGCUCAGCAAUGUCACCUUUGCUUACAAUAGCAAACUCCUCUGCCUCUGACUCUUCCAAGCAGUCCUCAAACAGACCUGCCCACAACAUAAGCCAUAUUUUAGGUCAUGACUGCAGCUCAGCUGUUUAAAUACCGCCGGACUAAACAUAAAUGUAAAGGGUGACCUAAUAUAACAUAAAUGUAAUGGGUGAUCUGUGUGUGCAUUCACACAUACGCGCACAUGAAGAGAGAGAUGGUGUGUGUGUGUGUGUGUGUGUGUGUGUGUGUGUGUGUGUGUGUGUGUGUGUAUGUGUCUGUAUAAUCAAUUUCCAGUUAUCUUCUGAAUGUAAGAAGGCCAUGUCAGAGAUGACACGAAUACUGGAUUGUCAAAAACAAAUUAUCAUUCAUUUUAAGCUGCAUGGUGUGCUUUUUAAAUUUUCCAAGGAGAUUUACAUUUUCAAGUUUGAUUUGUAAUCUUAUAUUCCCUGAAUAUUAUUCAGUUGGGGGAGAUCAUUUUGUUGUGGGCUGGGUAGUAAGAAGGAACCUAGAUUUUAAACUUGAUUGUCGAUAAUUUGUAAAAUAGUUGAAAUAGUUGAGUUGCUCUCCAAAAAUACAGAUGGUUUAACAUAACACGAUGGCUUGUAACCAAAUGCUGGUUGACGUCAGCAUCUAGAACAGUUUCUUACCCAUGGAGAGUGUUGAAUUAAUGUCGAAUGAAUGUCCAUAGUUAAAGUCAAGCAGUUAGUAAAUAAAUGAGUUGUUUAAUCAGCCUUCAUCCCCAAGAUUUGGCUUAGGUAGAGGCUGCUGUCUUAAUUAUAACAAUUCAAAAUUACCUGAAUUUCAUGUCCUGUUCUUCAGAUUAGGGAGCCAUGCUAUCCUUUCAUGUGCCAAGAUCCUUUAAAGCAAAGGUCUUCCUUAAACAGCCUUAAAAGUAGAAAGCUUCAAAGAAAAGUACAUAGUUGUUCUCCAUUUUGCAUCAGGCCAUGAGGAUAAGAGCAGUUGUAUUGUGGAGUUUUGCAUGUGUUCUGUUAAAGAUUGUUGUUUCAUCAAUUGAGUUUUGUUUUUGUAUUCUCUCUUCCUUCUAUUUAUUGAUCUGGAAAUAAAUCCUCUUACAUUUGUUUAAUCAGUAGGGACUAAUCAGUUAGUAGUGUGUUUGGAAUCUACACAAUUACUUGAGCCUUACUUUUUAAAUAUUUCUGAGCAGAGUCUUAAACUCUCAUUAUUUUCAUUUACUGAUAUUUAUAUUUAAAAUAUGGCAUUGUAUAUUGCAUUAUUAUCCUUCAUAGUAGAAUUAUAAUGAGAAGAUGAAUUUGUUCAUUAUUUUUCCUGAUGGUAGAUGUGAAAUGGUGCUUCAAAAAAAUUGUUUUUGUGUAUGUCUGUGUGUAUGUGUGUGUGUAUGUACACAGACAUCGAUUUUAAAGUAUAAACUGGUCAUUUAAAAGUAGGCCUGCCCUCUGAAAAUGGGAAAUUGAGACCUGAGACCUGCUGAAGUAUAGAAAAGCUUGAUGUAGGGGUUUUAAAAAUCCCCACUGAAGUUAAUAAUAAACAUAUAUAUGUGAUCAUAUACUGAAUUUUGAAAACUUAAAAAACGAGACAACUGUAUAUUCUCAUAUUCUCAAACCCUCUACUUUUUGUUGUUAUAUUCUGCCAAAAAUGAGAUGGGAGAGAUGCAUAUAAAUUAUUCUGUCUGCUCUGUUAACAAAGUGAACCUAAGGACCAGCAUUUCUUCCCCCUCCUUAAAAAAGCCUCCUAAGGCUUGGUUAGAGCAGUGAACUCCACCAAAUACCUCUUCUAAAGACUCAGCAAAAGAGUCAUCUGUGCCUCUUCAACUGUUCUUACCAAACUUUCCUAUCUACUCCUACUGCCAACUGAAGCAGCUUCCUGGAGGGUAAAAUUAUAUAUAUAUAUAUAUAUAUAUAUAUAUAUAUAUAUAUACACACACACACACACACA